ACCGAUGUUGUCCCCGACUUUGUUAAUUUCCACGGCCGCUCUCUACUGGAGUCUUCGCCAUCUUUUGCAGUGUUUCUUACAGAUUCCUGCUGUUAGACUUCGUCUAUCAGAAGCUGAUGUCGCCGACGUUUCCACCAAGGUCCUCAGCGGUCUUCACGCAUCUCUGGCCAGUGGAGCUGGACUCUAUAUCAUGUGGGAGACCAUGGACGACUGUAUUUUCAGCAGGUCUGCAGCUAUUGCUCCGUUCACGUACGUCGGGGUGUCUUACAUGUCGUGCGACGUUCUAGCGAUGUACCUCACCUACUGCAAGACUAGGAGACUAUCUUUCACCAACACACAGAGUGUCUCGCUCUUUCUGAAAUCAAGACCUCUGCUUGUUUUCCACCAUCUGUUUCUCAUAUUUGGCUACCCCUUACUAGUGUAUGACGGUCUUAGGAAAGGAAUGGGUGAUUUCCUGAUUGGAACACUGUUCCUUCGUGAACUUAGCUCUCCGCUGCUCUCAGCUGCAAAGAUCAUGAGGAAAAUCAAAAUGGAAGGUUCAGUCUUGUACCAAGUGAACGGAGUGGCUCUGGUCCUGCUGUUCUUCCUGGUGCGUAUCGCCAGCACCCCCCUCACCCUCCUCUUCUACUCCUCCCAGCACCAUGACUGGAGCCUGGUCCAAGCUCUCUCCGCCAUGAGACCCAUCUGUCAUCUCAUGCUCUCCGCUGAACUGACUCUCCAGCUAUACUGGUUCUCACAGAUACUGUCCACUGCGUCGAGAAGAAAAACGAAGCCAUCCUAA